AUGGAGGUGGAGGAGGAGGAAAGACGCUCUCCACACGAUCAUGUGGAUCGGUGUGUUCCCGAGAGCUUCUUUGAUCGCGUAACGCAAGGGUUACGCAACGAUCUCGAACAUGAGCGGAAUAGGCGUCUCCAAAUGGCGGACACUGCCUUAAAGCAUCGAGCUGAGUUUGCCUUUGCUCAGCUUGAGAACGAGAGAUCUCUGACAUCUCUUCGUGACGAGCUAAGGGUAGCUCGUGGGAUUGUUGAUCGGUCUCGGGAUGAGAUAGCUGCUCUUCAGACCCUUGUUGAUGCCCACCAUCGGGAGCACAAGGCUCUGUGCGAGAUGUUUGAGCGCAAGGGCGUUCUUCAUCAGAAGAAGCAGCGUACUGAUGGUACGGCUUAA